UUCCUCCGCGCUUUAAUUCAGCUCGACCUGCGACUCUCCCUCAACAUUUGUAUUGACUCCCUCCGUCAACUUGUUCUCUCCACUAGGGCCUGCAUACCCGGUAUAUUCUUAUACACUUGACUCGAGUCAAAUACUCGAGCAUUUUCUUGGUCGGUCGGACCUUCAAUCGGUCUUACUACCUUCCAUCAUGGCUGCCGGAAAGGCUGCCGCCGACUUCAAUGCGAUCAUCCAAGCUGAUCGCAAAAGAAAGCAGAACGAAAACCUUGCAAACCAGCUACUCGGUAAGAACCGACAAACAAAUGGGGGCGUUGCAAAGGGCGCAAAGAAGACACAAGAUGCGAAGCCAGGCAGCCUCGCCAGUCGCAUCGGUGUAGCCAAGCGCCCGACGUCUUCGCCCGCGAAUCCUAGAACAAACCCCAAGCCCAUCAUUCACCAGGCCCGCCCCAAGGCGCGUCAGACCGAUCGACCUGGCGCAAAGCAGCGCCGUCCCGACGAGCAGCGCCUGCUCUCUGCACUCCUCCCAGACAGCGGACAAGCAACCGUACGAGGCAAUAAGGUGGGGAUGACCAUCAAGGGCGCUGGCUCAGGACCUUCCGUGGUAGUCGGCAGCAAUUUUGCACCGGGGACCACCGCAGCCGACAUUCAAGCGGCUCUUGAGCCCGUGGCCGGCCCAGUCCUCAGCUGCUGGGUGAUAACGCAGCACCCCGCAGUGUCGGCAGAGAUCACCUUUGCCGAGAGACAGGGCGCGGACAGCGCGAUUGCCAACUUUCACAACCAGAGGGCUGAUGGCCGGAUCAUCUCGAUGCGCCUGAAACCCCUGAGCCUGGGAGCCGAUAACGGUGCCACCAACUACCAGAACCCACAGAGCCCCUUCAACAACCUCCGGGAGCAAGCUGAUCGAGACCGCCGCUCGAACCGCUCCGGUGACACGACGAUUCGAGACGGAAACUACGGGUUCACCGAGCAGAACCAAGCAGUCGAACCACACAGACCGCGGGGCAACAACCGCAGAUGGAAUAACAGGGGCUAUCGUAACGGGCCCCGAAACGGCGGAGCCUCGAACCAGGACACGCAAGAGACAGGUCUCUACAGUGACCAGAUGAUGGUGGACGCGCCACAGCAGAACCCACAAUUCCAGGGCAGGCGCUAUCACCGCUGAGCCGUCAGCGAAAUCUAUCUACGUCACCUAAAUGCCGGGGGAAAAUGUAUACAUCGGGGAAAUUGAGUAGAAUCUACGGGUAGAACAGAAACAUGUAAACUAAAUCUCAUUUAAUCCAAAUCAAGCUCAUGCCCAUUUCCGGAAAGCGUUGAU